GUGAGGAAUCUAAUUUUAGUGGGGUAACCCUUGUUCCCACAUUUGGAAUAUAAUAUAUCUAUUUGUGGAAUUUGAUUUCCUUAUACUAAUAUAAAUCACUCACCUAUAUCUAUAUAGUGCACACACACUCUUUAUAUAUCUAAUCAUAUACUCCCUAUACACUCCAAUAACAAAAUGAAAAUUUUUAUGAUGUUUCUUCUCUGCUUUGCUAGCCAAAUGUUGGUGUAUUACAUGCCAUUAGCAACAGUUGCUCUAUCUUUGAGUUCAGAGACAGAUAAACUUGCUUUGCUUACAUUGAAAGAAAAGCUUACAAAUGGUGCACCAGAUUCUCUUCCAUCAUGGAAUGAGUCUCUACAUUUCUGUGAAUGGCAGGGUGUUACAUGUGGUCGUCGUCAUAUGAGAGUCGUUGCCUUGCAUUUGGAAAAUCAAACAUUGAGUGGUACUCUUGGAUCAUCCGUGGGAAAUCUAACAUUUCUAAGAAUGCUACAACUUACAAAUGUUAACUUGUAUGGUGAAAUUCCAAGUCAAGUUGGUCGUUUAAAGCGAUUGCAAGUUCUUAACUUAAACAACAACAAUCUUCAUGGCGAGAUUCCUAUGGAGCUCACAAAUUGCACGAAUAUCAAGGUAAUUCAUUUGCACAACAACCGACUCAGUGGAAGAAUUCCGACAUGGUUUGACUCAAUGAUGCAACUUACUCGGUUGAAUCUCGCUUCCAAUAAACUUGUUGGUACUAUUCCAUCUUCCCUAGGAAAUGUUUCAUCACUCCAAAAAUUAACAUUUUUAGAAAAUCACUUGAAAGGAAGCAUACCUUAUUCUUUGGGUAUGUUGUCAAGUUUGAAACAACUGAAUCUAGGUUUAAAUUAUUUGUCAGGUGAAAUCCCUCAUUCUCUUUAUAACCUAUCAAAUAUUGAAGUUUUUAUUCUUGGGUCAAACAAGCUUUCCGGUAGUCUACCAAAAAAUUUGAAUGUUGUUUUUCCCAAUCUUAUAGUUUUCUUGGUAGGACUCAACCAAAAUAUAAGUGGAACUUUUCCGUCUUCAUUAUUAAACCUCACUGAACUAAUAAUGUUGGAUAUAUCAUACAAUACUUUUGUUGGGUCAAUACCUCUUACUUUGGGUCAAUUAAAUAAACUUGAGUCGUUUAGUAUUGGAAGUAAUAAUUUUGGGAGUGGAGGAGCUCAUGAUUUGGAUUUUCUUUCAUCGCUAACCAACUGUACUCAAUUGUCAAAGAUAUAUAUUUUUGACAAUGGAUUUGGUGGUGUGUUGCCGAACAUUAUAGGAAACUUUUCCACCAAUCUCCGUUUGCUUCAUAUGGAAGAUAAUCAAAUACAUGGAGUGAUACCGGAAAGAAUUGGAGAGCUAACUGGUUUGACUGUCUUAGACAUUGGAUACAAUUUUCUUGAGGGAACAAUUCCAGGUUCCAUUGGAAUGCUCAAGAAUAUAGUAGCAUUGGGCUUCCAUUAUAACAAAUUAUCUGGUAACAUCCCUAUGGUCAUUGGUAAUCUUACUGUGCUGUCUGCACUAGAUAUAUCUAACAAUAAAUUGGAAGGAAACAUUCCAGUUACCAUAAGAAAUUGCACCCAAUUGCAAGAACUAGAAUUUUCAAGUAACAAAUUGAGUGGUGAUAUUCCCACUCAAACAUUUGGCUAUCUAGAUGGUUUAAUUUAUCUUGGCUUGUCCAACAACUCCUUAACCGGCCCUAUUCCUUCAGAGUUUGGUAACUUGAAACAUAUUUCACAGUUGUAUCUAAGCUUAAAUAAGUUGUCUGGUGAAAUUCCUAACGAUUUAGCUUCUUGUAUAGAUUUGGCACAUCUUGUGUUGGGUGGAAACUUCUUCCAUGGAACUAUACCUUUGUUCUUGGGCUCCUCUUUAAGAUCACUUGAAAUCCUAGACCUUUCUAGCAAUAAUUUGUCAAGCAUAAUCCCAUUUGAACUAGAAAAUCUAACAUAUUUGUAUAAGUUGGACUUAUCAUUUAACAAUCUCUAUGGUGAGGUUCCCUUAGGAGGUGUCUUUAGCAAUGUCACAACAAUUUCACUAACUGGAAAUAAGAAUCUUUGUGGAGGGAUACCUCAAUUGAAGCUUCCUAAAUGUUUUAGGGCGCCUUCCAAGAAACACAAAAAAUCUCUCAAAAAGAAACUUAUCCUCAUUAGUGUAAUUGGUGGGAUUUUGUUCUCUUUCAUAGCUUUUAUAACUGUCCAUUUCCUUACGAGAAAAACCAAAAGGUUACGAUCUUCACCAUCUUUGCAAAACGGGAACUUGAGGGUUACUUAUGGUGAAUUACAUGAAGCAACCAAUGGUUUUUCUUCAUCUAACUUGGUAGGAGCAGGAAGCUUUGGAUCUGUUUACAAAGGAUCACUUCUCCACUUUGAAAGACCUAUUGUUGUAAAGGUGUUGAAUCUUCAAACACGUGGAGCAGCAAAGAGUUUCAUGGCAGAAUGCAAAGCUCUAGCAAAUAUGAAGCACCGGAAUCUUGUCAAGGUCCUAACUUGUUGUUCAAGUGUUGAUUAUAAUGGCAAUGAUUUCAAGGCUAUUGUGUUUGAGUUCAUGCCGAAUGGAACUCUAGAAAACUUGUUGCAGGAUAUUGAAGGGUCUGAAAAUCAUAAUCUCAGCUUCACAAAAAGGGUAGACAUUGCUAUUGAUGUAGCUCAUGCACUUGAUUAUCUACACAAUGAUACAGAGCAAGCCGUAGUUCACUGUGAUAUUAAGCCAAGCAAUGUUCUUCUUGAUGACGACUUUAUAGCCCACUUGGGAGACUUUGGCUUAGCAAGGCUCAUUCAUGGAGGGAUAGGACAUUCAACUAAUGAUCAAAUUAGUUCCUCCACAAUAAUUAAGGGAACUAUAGGAUAUGUUCCUCCUGAGUAUGGAGCAGGUGGUCAAGUAUCACUCCAGGGAGAUAUCUACAGCUACGGGAUUCUUCUGUUAGAAAUGCUCACGGGAAAGAGACCAACAAAUAACAUGUUUAAUGAGAAUCUAAGCCUACACAAAUUUUGCAAGAUGAAAAUUCCAGAAGGAAUCCUUGAGAUAGUAGAUUCACAUUUGCUUUUGCCAUUUGUUGAAGAUCAAACAGGAAUUGUUGAAAACAAAAUCAAAAAGUGUUUGGUGAUGUUUGCUGGAAUUGGAGUUGCAUGUUCAGAAGAGUUUCCUGCUCAUCGAAUGCUGAUAAAAGAUGUUAUAGUUAAGCUAAAUGAGAUCAAAUCAAAGUUUCCAUGUUAGGAAUCAUUGAUACUGUGAUAAGAAAAUGUUUUUUUUUUUUAAUCCAUCAAGUGUGUUUGAAUUACAAUUGCAAUGUAUUGUGAUAACAAUUUGUGUUUGUAGUUGGUUUCAAUAAAUGCAUGGUAUUGUUUGAAAA